CGAUAAUUUCACCGGGCUGAAAUGUUACGCGACCAGUUUUCUAUAAUAUAAUCUUGCUUUAAUUCAGUGAUCGGAGUUAUAUUAACCUAUUUUCGGAUGAUGUGGUAGAAUUCUACCCUUCGAUUUUCUGCUGUUAAAUUUGCACUUGUAGACACAUUGCAGCAUUUUUUCUCACGUGCGAGCUAAUGGAAUUCUCUUUGAAGAUGUCAAAAACCUUGAUUUUACAAAUCUUUAUAGUUGUAAACAUUUUAAUGUGCACCGCACUUAGAUCAGCUGCUAGGGAAAAGAAAGCCAAAUGCCCAACGUGUAAAGACAUCGUAGAAGCUUUCAAGAAGGUAAAUAUUAAAUGCUUUUAUCUCACCUACUCCUAAUUAUUGCAUUACAGAACUUUGUCAAAUGAUUAAUUAUGGGGCUAAGUCAGCUUAGGUAUAUUUUGUGGUGUCGUAUUUCGUAAGAUUGGAUAGAAAUUUAAUGGACGGUUUCGAUUUUUGUUUCUGGAAAAAUUAUCCAUUGUUUAUUUUUUUUUGCUUUGUUUUUUUUUCUAAUUUUUGGCCUAAAUAUCCCUAAUGUUAUAACAGAGAGGAUGUGCAGUAAAACUUUGACAAAAGUUUGAGAGACGUGUUAGAAUUAUAUAACAAAUGCAUAAUUAACUCUUAAAUCUUAAGUAUUAGAUUUUUUUUUUGCCCUUGAUCUUGCUAUAUAUCUAUAUUCCUUGUAACUGAUUUGAGGAAAUUUGGUGCUAAAUCAAGGUAAUACCUUCUAGCUGAUGAUUUGUCAAUUCUUGUGAAUUCUUUGCUGUUUAAUCUUUGGUUAUUACAGAACUUUUUGAAGUUGAGCCAUUCUUUCUUAUGUUAUAUUUUGGUAUGCAGAUUUUAGGAGAGAUGUGAGGAAUAAAAAAUUUGACUGUAGCUGUUUUAAGGUGACUGGAAUAAAUUUGCAUCUUUGAGACAUCUUUUUUUAAUUAAAAUUACUAUUUUUAGGGAAAAGAAAAAACAGCAAAAGCUAACUUUGGUGGUGGAAACACAGAUUGGGAAGAGAGGAAACUUGGAAGCUAUGCAAACAGGUAUUUUUUGGAAAAAAAACUUUAUUCAAACUUUUACCAUGACAUUAUUUUACUAUGACUCAGCUAAAUCCACCAAUCACAGAAUUGAUCACAAUAACCAUAGCAACAACCACUUACCUUGAAAAGAAAACUGGGAAAUUUCCAAAUUUUUUACUUUAGACACUUUCCUUAGCAGAGACGUUUGUCCUAAUUGUAUUUUCUUUCCAGAUAUUGUAUUGGUUUGAUUAAUUGGUAACAGGACUUUGUGUCGUCCAGUUCUGUCUGUAAUCAUACUUAUUAUUGACAAAUCACAGGCUGAAUUGGACCCCACUCGCUCCUAUUACCAUUAUUAAGCUGUAAUAGUCUCCCUUGACUAAGUCCUUAACCCCUUAACUACCAUGAGUGAGCAACAGAUAAGUGAUGAGAAUAGAAAAAAAUAUCAAUUAUGAGAUUACUAUCAGAUCCAAUACCAAAUUCUCCAAACUAACUUAAUGAGAAUCAUUUGGCAGACAGUAAGGAGAAUUACUAAUGAGAUCUUGAGAGUUAAAGGGUUAAGGCCUGUUUCUAUUGUCUUCCACCUGUAUUGAAUGGCCACUUAAAGCAGAACCUCUCAAAUAAAACUAAGAAUUAUCUCUCAAGUCAAAUUUAUUCUCAAAAUCAAUGUUAGUAAUUUGAGAAUUCCCACAAGUUAUUGCAGAUUAUUGUUUUUCUUUGGACUGUUAGGACAACUAUUAUGCACAAACAAAGCGCAAGUCAUUUGCUGGUCAGGCUGUAUUAAAGGGUCAACUUGUACUAAACUGUCACCCCACUAUUCCCCAUGGGUGACUGCCUAACCCUUUAACUCCCAAGAUCUCAUUAAUAAUUCUCCCUACUGUUUGCCAUACAGUUCUUAUAAUGUUAGUUCAGAGAAUUUGAAUUGGAUCAACCAAUUAUCCCCGAAAUUGACAUUAAUUUUUUCUUUAUUCUCAUCACUUAUCUGGUUGAUAUUGUUUUGAUAUUGUUAGGAGAAAUUCUGUCUUGGUCACUCUUGGGAGUUAAAGGAUUAAUACAGGUUUGACUGUAGUGGGUUGUUGUCCCUUUUCUUUGAUACACUCAGGAAAGUUACCAGUUUCUUGGUGAUACCACAUCUCUAGUCUGGAAUCCCUCUGCUAUGGAAAAAACACUGACUGAUGAUGUACUGUGGGGCACAAACAAAUUUGUACCAUGUUAAGUGGAUUAAAUAAUACCCUAGAGUUCAUACCACACCCUUUUGAAAGAGUGCAACUUUUUAUUUUAGGAUUAUACCUGAAGGGAAAAACUUCUGGUACAAACAAUUGGUGGUUAAUGUUCUUUUGUUUUCUUUUUGACUAGUGAAACCAGACUAGUUGAAAUUAUGGAAGGACUUUGUGAAGAUAGUGCUUCAGAGGUAAUUUUCUUUGGAAUUUAUCCCUUUAGUUCAAAAUGUUACUGUGAAGUCACAGGAUUGGAGUAUUCUAAAUUGUGCAAAAUAACUUAGCUUUAAAAUGAAGGCAAUUUGCGGAGGAUAAAAUUUUAAAGAGAUAUUUUGCAUUUUUGCCAUCAUUCUGUCUUUUUUACGCCUCCUUGAAGAAGGGCACAAGCUAGCCGAUGGUUCAGUCCCCUUGACUUCUCCUAGAAAAUAAACUGUCUUUGAUUGUCAAUUUUUUUCCUUUUUUUUUUUCUUUUUUUACAGUGCCAUGCAAUGGUUGAAGAACAAGAAGAAACACUAGAGGAAUGGUGGUUUACCCAGUAAGUGAGGUUUUGAUGGUUGAAGUUUAUUAUCCUAUUUCAGGGAAGUCACACGGAAAUCUCAUGACAUUCUUUAAGUACAGCAAUUUUGUGACCCAAAAAUAUCAAAAGUUUUUUAUUUAAAAACAUGCAGCCCUAACCUUUAAUGACUAUUUUCUUUUUCACAGCCAGUUUAAAAAUGAUGAUAUGAAUACUUGGUUUUGCAUUGACAAGUUAAAAGGUAAGUGUUGUACAUACUGAGAGUUCCUUUUUAUUGCUUUCCUAGCUGGAGUUCAUUAUUUUAAUCGGUUUAUCUUUUCUUUUUUUCUAGUGUGCUGCCCUAAUGGUACUUAUGGUUCAGAUUGUAAAGGUAUGCCUACUUAGCAGUCUUCAUUUACCACUGAUGAUUUGCAAAUUUCACCUUUUAUGGCUUUAGACUUCAACAGUGUUCACUUUGUAUGUGUUCUUUACAGUGAAAUGGCUUUCAUUUUAAUUUAUUAAUGAUCAGAGAAAUGUUUUGUUCAAUGUCAGACCCCAUGUUUGUCAUAAAGAGUUAGUCUCCUUGGCCCCUUUCCAACUUAAGCUAAUGUGAACCAAUUUUGUAUGUACUUAUUUUCUGUUGCUCAUUUAAAAAAUACAUUCAUCUCUUUCUAAAAGUUUUCCUUCUACUAUUUUGAAUCUGUAGAAUGUUCUGGAGGAAAAGAUACUCCUUGCAAUGGCAAUGGAAAAUGUGAGGUAUGUAAGUAUCAAUUUUGAAUGAAAGGGCUGAACUUUUAUACAGCUUAUUUUUAAGACAUUUGUUGCGUAAAAAUAAAUUGUUGUAACGGAAUUAACUCUUGGACCUAUGCAUUACCAGCUCUGUGUUGCAAGGAGUAAAACACAUGCACAGUGUUGACCUGAUUAUUUUAUUUUCAGCUUACCAGUAAAUGUCAGGAAUUGCAGUGCCCUUGUGAAAAGUACCCUAGUUUUAUAAUCAAUAUCUUUGCAAUGGUAUUUAGGGUGACGGCACAAGGGAAGGAACAGGAAAGUGCUCAUGUGACAGCGGGUAUGAAGGUGACUUAUGUGAUGAGUGCGAGGAGUUGUAUUUCGAGGAGCAAGAUGAAAAUUCUAAGCCUAAAUGCACUGGUAUGUAUUCUGCAAAUUAUCUUGGGUUCGCAACUCCUUGUGUUAUGUAUAAGACUUGAUUUAAAUCUUUAAAUUGUUUUUAGUCUGGUCAGUUGACUUAAGGUCAGUAAAGGAGUGCAAUGUGACUUGAACGAAAUGUUUUCGAGGCAGAAUGUUUUCUGCUAAUGUUAAUAGAAUGUCACAAACGAGGGACAAAGAAAAACAGGAACAUUAUUUUAGGAUUUGAACGCUAAUUUGACAAAGAUUUUCUUGGUGUACGUAAACAGCUGGCACUUGACAACAAACUGUUGUUAAUUUUAACAGCGUGCCACGAGUCUUGUGCAGACAGUUGCUCUGGCGGCUCACCCAAAGACUGUGAGAAAUGCAAAGGAGGCUGGGAUAUGACAGACGAAGAUGGAUGUAAAGGUAUUUGUUGAAAAGUAUAUUUGGCGCGACUGUGUAGUUCCAUGUAUGCCCGAGAGCUGUGCUCCUGCCCUUUCUUAACGGAGUCCAAGAGCGAGGAGAAAGUUAAAGUUUAAGCAGAUUACAAACAAGACGAGGGAUAGGGAAAUGCAAAGAGCGGGGAGUAACAUGCAGGUUGUCUGUCUCAAUGUUAAGUAAAUGCUUGAUAAAAGUCAUCGUGAGAAAAGCGCGGAAAAACGUAUGGAAUUAGUAACAAGCGUUGGUUGACAAACAACGCAUACCAAGCGCAGGAAAAGAUACAGGUAGAGAAAAGUGCGGGAAAGGAUAUGCAAGGAUUAUAUACGUGGUAAGGCGUAAAGACUGGAAUUGGGCUUACAGGUAGGAUAACGUACAACGCAAGCCAAGCGCGGGAAAAACAUAAGUGGCGGGGAGAAGCGCGGGAAAAUAAACGGAGCUCAGCGAACUCAAAACCAUAGCAAGCAUACCCUAUGCUUACUUUUGAGUUUUGACAACCGACGGGAUGCAUGUUGUUUUGAUUAAUGUAUUUUAUUCUUUUCAGAUAAAAAUGAAUGUGAUGAAGAAGAUAUCUGUGGAGAAGGACAGUAUUGUGUGAAUAAUCCAGGAUCUUUUGUUUGCAAAGGUAAUGUGUAUGACCCAUUAAUCGUGGCGAGUUUAUUGAGUGAUUUUCAUUUCGCCGACAUUCAGUUGUUUGAUUGACUGCUCGCAAACGUAGUCUCGAAGUUGUUACCAAACUCUCAUUCGAAGACCCAAAACAUAAAUGAAUGGCCAUCAUCUUGUACUUAAAGAAAACCUAACUCCUUUAGCUUGGGCAAUUCCAAGCUCUCAGACUUUGCGGGACAGCUAAAGAGCGAGCGGGCUACAAAAUGGCGGCUAUUCCGAUCCAUCCCUCCAUUCGGACAGAUAAUAAGUGACUUAACAAUUCACUUCAUAUGUAUCUUUUUCAGGCUGCGAUGAUUCUUGUGAAGGCAACUGCACUGGGGAGGGUCCAAAGGGAUGCCUUGAAUGUGCCAGCGGUUAUGUUAAGAAUGACGAAGAAGAAUGUAAAGGUUAGUUUAUUACAAGAAAUGAGGAGCACUUUGUUACUUGGGAUGUGAUAGAUAUAUCUCGCUGAGGUUUUAUUUGUUGCAAAAAUGCCACAAAACGCUCGUAGCACUCAACACUUUUAUGAAAGCAGCCUAAGUUAGUAGAAAUUCAGUUUUGAAAAUAACGAAAUUGCAUUUGUUGUUGAACUAAAGCUCAGCUGUAGACUAGGGGAGAAAGGGUGGAGGUUUGUCCAAGAGAACAUGCGAAUUGCCUUGGUAUAAAUUCCUAAAAGACGGUAAUAUGGGAAAACCCCCCUUCCCCCACCCCCUGUCAAAAAGUGCUGCCUUAGCGCUUGUUAAAGCUUCAGGUAAAUUGUUGAAAACCGCAUUUUGGACUGAAUUACUAGUUGCAAAAGGUGAACUUAAGUUCGAAUAUAUUUUGAAAUAUUUAAUUAACUUGAAAUUUUUUCCCUUAGAUGUGGACGAAUGUUCCGAGAAUUCAACCAUCUGUACCAGCGGAAAAUUUUGUGACAAUACCCCUGGAUCAUUUGUUUGUCGUAGUAAGAAAUCUUUCUGUCUGUCAAAAUUGUUUUCCAUCUGUCCAUCUAAGACGUUUUGAUAUUUAAGGAGAAGUUGUUUUUAAUUCCCCGUGCUUUUAUUUCAGCCUGUCACUCUGCUUGUGAGACUUGUAUUGGAGAGGGAUCUCGAGGUUGUACAAAAUGCAACGCUGGGUAUCAGAUGACCGAGAAUGAAUGUAAAGGUAAUAAUACGCUUUCUCUAUCAAUGAGAAUAUCAGGGAUAAACAGUGAACGCAAGCUAAGCGGUUCUACCUGUCUUAACCCUUUAAAUCCCAAGAUCUCAUUAGUAAUCCUCCUUACUGUCUGCAAUAUAGUUCUUGUGAUGUUAGUUUGGAGAAUUUAAUAUUGAAUGAAGUAAUAAUCCCCUAAUCAAGAUUUUUUCUUUAUUCUCAUCACUUGUCUGCUUGAUAUUGUAUUGAUAGCGUUAGGAGAAAUUCUGUCUUGGUCACUCAUGGGAGUUAUAGGGUUAACCCAGUUUCCGUAGCAUAAAGCGAGUUGGAGAAUUGCAACUCCUCAGUCCUGUUGGACGGGAUCAGUCUAGCCCGCGAGCAAGGCUUCGUUAGUAGCGCUGCAAGACGGAUAUUUCUCUGUCCGUGGAAAUAUUUCAGGCGAAUCACGGAGAGGUUUUCAGGGGGUUUGGCUCUAAUAAUCAGUGCCAGGCACCUUGCAGACCUCGCGGCGACUUACGUUGUUUAAGGCCUCACACUUUCCCGCGGGCGAAGAAACACUCGUGCCAAAGCACCAAUGAUGAGGGCCUGGUCGCCAGGAUUAGCCUUUCAUAGUUGACCACCCUGUGAUUCGUCAAAUGCCAAGAAGAUUUGAACUAAGAUAUUUGAAAGUCGCCAGUUUGCGAUCGUACACCAUGACAUGGUCGCCAGAAAUUAUAUUUAGUCGCAAUUUUCCUUGGAAGAUGGCGACCAAGAAUUGAUGGUGUUUUGUGCAAAUGAUUAUCUAAGAGGUAAAAGCGUUACACCUUACAUGAACGUCGAACACAGUUUGUGAAUUGUCUUUUUCGUUGUGAAUUGUCUACUGCUCAAGUAGCGUUAAUACUUGCGAUGAUGACUCUCAUCUUCAUAGUUCGUGAAAUUCAUUAUGAGGACUUUCGCGGUCGCCGAAGUGUUUUCCACCCAUCAUGUCGACCAAAUCGGUCACCGCUUAGAGCGCUGCAUUUACACACACUGAUGGCGAAAGACCGUUUGAGUCUUACAUAAGGGAGCCAACUAAGGCGGACAGUUCGAUGUGAAGUCUAGCGUGGCAAACAUUAGGCCACUAAGUUCCCCACGAGAAAUCUUCAAAACGAAGAAAAAUUAUUUAUGUUAUUAUUUAGAUAAGGACGAAUGUUCCUCAGACGAACACAACUGCGACCGAGAAUCAGAAAAAUGCCGAAAUAUGCCGGGUAGUUUCACCUGCGAUUGUCAGAAAGGCUUCAAACGUGAUGGGGACAAAUGUGUGAAAAAGAAAGGUAAAAAAAAGAUGGACAAAGGCAAAAAGACAGUGGAAGAAGAGCUUGCAGAUGUGCUAAAAAAGGGCGACUACUUCAGCGAAAUGCAAAUGAAAUUUGGUUCCGUCUUAUUCGCAUUAUUUUUCGCUUGUGCAGUUGCCGCUGUCAUGAAACGCAGCUUGCUUGCUAUAGUUGUUAUGACUGUUGUGUAUGCUUUCAUUUGGUGGUACUUCAGAACGUGACAGUUGUGGACACCUGAGGUAGAAGAAAGAUUCUGCGUGGUAGAUGUAGGUCUGAUUGUGGAGAUGAAAUGCAAGAUCUGCAUAAUCAGACCCAUUCACUUUUUGAAGCUUUUAGGUCUGAACACUUAUUUUAGUGGUAUCCCCCGAGAGAGUUUUUUAGAAAAAGAUAGACGCCCGUGUUUUUUCUUACCUCCGAACCACGUGUUGCUGUUAAACCAAAGCCUUCGUAGAGUCAAUUCGUGCGUUAUACAUGUUCUAUUAGUUGAUUGAGAUACCUGACUGGAGGUAUCAAUUCUUCUGAUAUCAUAUAAAUUUUUUUUCAAUCUUGAUAAAAAAAAUACAGAGAGAGUUAAGUUCAGGGAGAUCAGGAGGUUGUCCAUUUUUAACAUCUUAAAAGAUGUUAAUGUAGCCUGAAUCGUAUAAAGUUUAAUAUAUCAAUACAUCUAUCGAAUCAGAGGGCCGUUGUUUGUAAUUGUUGGUUGAGCCGGGUUGGGAACUUUGCGAUCCUAAACAAGCUUGGCUCUUUAGAGAAAUUUUGCACCACGAAAAGAUUUUAAAAAUAUAAAUGAAGAGCUCCUUUUAUUUCAGCCGAAAGGCAGUUUAUCUACCUACCUUAAUUUAGCUUAAGUUUUACAAAAAACAAUUGAUAAUUUAGCUCGUUUAUAAACUUUGACAAUUUAGAGUAACAUUUUGCCUAUAUUAAUACUUUCAAAAACCCCAUUAUUAAGGAUGAAAUUUAGUUGCAGGAGUUUUAUGUAUCUCUUGCGUGACAACAUAGUAGUGUCACGUAAUUCGAGUUACACUGUGCUAAUGACGUAACUUACUCUUAAAUGCUUUUAUCUAGAAAUUCACUUGUGUGGUGUCACUUUUGCUGUUGUUGCUUCUCUUUCUAUCGGGUU